CGGCGGCGGCGGCUACGACUACGACGACGACGAGCAGGAGGCAGACAUGGCUUUCAUGCCCUACAUGCCCUUCGUCAGCCAGUACUGGCCCUUCAUCGCCGCCGGGCUCGUCUGCUACGUCGCCUCUCGCUUCCUGUACCAAUGGAACGCCUUCACGCGCGAGCAGCGCUCUAAGGACCAAGAGGCGGCGCGCGAGAGGGAGGGAGAGGGCUGCCUCGAGGACGAGAUGUGCGCCGACGGCUGCGACGGGCCGACGAGCGCGCUGCCCUGGGACCUGCGCCACGUGCCGCUCCAGUUCACCCGGCUGCCCGUCGAGGAGACGAGCCGGCGUGCCGCCGAGUUCUACGAGCUGCUCAACAGGCGGCGCACCGUGCGCUUCUUCAGCGACGACCCCGUGCCCGCCGACGUCAUUCGCAACAUCGUUAGGGCGGCAGGCACAGCACCUAGUGGUGCUCACACUGAGCCUUGGACAUAUGUUGUAGUAUCAAAUCCUGAAGUCAAGCUGCAAAUCAGACAACUUGUGGAAGAAGAGGAAAAGAUAAAUUACACUAAAAGAAUGGAAUGGAUUGUUUCAUGCUGCUGGUCUGAUGUGGUAGAUGGCGUUCAGUGGACAACUGAUUUAAAGCCACUCCGAACAAACUGGAUUAAAGAGUAUCUUACAACUGCUCCAUAUCUCAUCCUUGUAUUUAAGCAGCUCUAUAGCUUAAAGGAAGAUGGAACAAAAGUCAUACAUUAUUACAACGAGAUGAGUGUUGCAAUGGCAGCAGGAAUACUCAUCACAGCUGUACAUUAUGCUGGGCUUGUAUCACUCACUAGCACACCACUCAACUGUGGACCAGCACUACGUAAACUGUUGGGACGGCCAGCAAAUGAGAAACUUACUCUGUUGCUGCCAGUUGGAUACCCUGCAGAUGAUGCUACUGUUCCUGAUCUCAAACGCAAGCCACUAGAAGAUAUACUGAUUGAAAUAUAGGACACUAAGUAUUUCUGUGAGCUACUAUUUAGCUUACAAGGACACUGCCACAAUAAAGUGCAUUUUUUUCUUUACUUUUCUAGAUUUAUGAAUACUUGUUAUACAUUAACAAUUUUGUGUAUCAUUUAUUGCACAAUUCUUGUGUGGAUUUGUACCAUAAAUACAGAAAACUUGUAACCCGUGUUCACCAUCUUCAAAUAUGGAAUUCAUUUACCUUACCUUUUCAAAACUACAUACAAAUGACUCAGUCAUGUGCUAAAUGCUACAGCAGUAUGGCACAGAUACAGGCAUUGCUUCAUCAC